AUGAGUUUCUUUUCCCAAUUCGGUGAUCUGCCCACCAUUCAGACCCGUAAGGCCCUGCUUCUCCUGGAUUUUCAAAAUGAUUUUUUGCGAUCCUCCGGUGCCGUCUAUGUCUCCAACGCCAGUGAAUUCCUCGAGACCCUCCCCCAACUAGCCAGCGCUUUCCGUCACAAUGGGGAGGUUGUUUGGGUGCGUUCUUAUUAUGAGUCACGGCGACCAUUGGUCGGGAGGGACUUACAGGAGCUGGUGGUAUUAAGUCGCGCGGGGGAUGCGUCAGGGAAGGGUUCUUUUGCUGAGGAAUCUGUGGACCCUGUGAGCUUGGAGCCCAAGGGUCCCGUGGAUGACGAGGCCUUUUUGUCGACCGAAACCGCUCAGUGCUGCCGGCCACAAACGGCGGGGGCGCAGUUCCCGGCACCUAUUCUGGCCGCCAUCGACACCGACGCCGACACGCUGGUCGAGAAAUCCGAGUAUUCCGCCUUGCAGGAUCAAGGACUCAUUCUUUCCCUGCGCACACGCUUCGUUACCGAACUGUAUCUAUGCGGUUCCCUGUCCAACGUUUCCGUCUACGCUACUGCUCUCGAUGCGGUGCGUCACGGGUUUUCGGUCAACCUAAUCGAGGAUCGUCUUGGGUUUCGCAGCUUUGGUCGUCAUGAGGAGGCGAUGCGGCGGAUGGCUGAUAUAUUUGGAGCCAAUGGAAUUACUGCAGAUGAGCUUUUUGAGGAGCUGGACUGGCAGGAGACGGAUGCGAUCGCACGCGAAGGCAGCAGCUCCACGCCAGCACGAUCGGUCACCCCCGCGGGGAUCGAGGGCGAUAUGGGUGGACUCGACUUUCGACGAACCCGUAAGUUGACUGGUAUGGAUGAUCCUCCUGCGUCUUUGGAAAGGGGCGGCACGCGUCGCAACCUGGACGAUAUUCUGGCCGAGCGUUCUGACGAUGAGGAUGGUGACCUGCUAGAACUGGCGAAUCUGACCCGGGGCAACUCUCGAUACACACGAGCUGUACAAGACUCAGAUCCGACGCAGCAGCCUGGAGAUAAGGGGGUGCGCCCUCGCAUGCGUCGUUCAAAAGGAUCCGACCCUAAGGUCCCAGGUUCUUCUCGACCAGAAGCCCGACGAAGCGGUAAACAGCCCAAACGAUCGCAGGCUGCCUGCAAGCCAGGUGAUAAGAUUGGAGAGGGUGACUCGCGUAUUGUUCACGAUUUGGACCUCCCAGCAGAGGCAUUCGAACAGAUUAGUGGUGAAGUUGCAUGGCAAAAGAUGUACCAUCUGUCGGGUCAGGUUCCGCGCCUUGUUGCCGUUCAAGGUCGCCCCCUGGAGGAUGGAUCGGUCCCUAUAUAUCGCCAUCCUGCGGACGAAUCCCCGCCAUUUCAGUCUUUUACCCCGGCGGUGGAUCGGGUGCGUGCUGUCGUAGAGCGGAUCCUUGGGCAUCCGCUUAAUCAUGUCCUCAUCCAGCUAUACCGCGAUGGACAAGACCGUAUCUCGGAGCAUUCUGACAAGACCUUGGAUAUCGUACGAGGGUCAUCGAUUUGCAAUGUCAGCCUCGGCGCCCAGCGGGUCAUGGUACUUCGCAGUAAGGCCCAACCCGCCGAGGGCGAUUCAGGACGACACUCACAACGUGUACCGAUGCCCCACGAAUCACUCUUCAUCCUCGGUGAAAAGACUAAUAUGCGGUGGCUCCAUGGAAUUCGACCAGACAAGCGCCCGGACUCGGAAAGAUCCAUAGAAGAACGAGCGUACGGCGGCAAGCGGAUCUCGCUUACGUUCCGACAUAUCGGCACUUUCUUGAACCCUUCUGGUGACACAAUCUGGGGUCAAGGUGCCGUCUCGAAAGACCAGGACCGAGCAAAUCCGGUCAUCCACGGCGAUUCCGCCGAGACGGAGCGACUUAUCCGCGCCUUUGGAGAAGAAAAUCGUUCCAUCGAGUUUGACUGGGAUGCUAUCUACGGUGAUGGGUUUGACGUGGUUAACUUUGUGACCGCAUCAACUGUGAAACUCGUUCUUGGCUCGGAUCAAGUGGCCAAUCUACGGGUUCUGCUUUGCUUGGGUGAAAACGGCAUUCGUUACGACACGGUCACCGAAGAUGAUGAUGACGCGGGAACGGUCCGCGAAAGCAGUAAGCAAAUCGCCGAACGACCGUUGUACAUCGGACCGAACGGCGUUGCAAUUGCUGGCGACGUCAAGAUCAUGACCGAUCUAGCCCGGCGGUCUCCGGAUAUGACUCGACCUGGAGUAGAGGUGCUGCGUGGGGGCAGCCAAUUGGCAGAGAUUGACGAAUUACUAGCACAUUGGCGGGAACACAAAUCUCAAAAAAAAAGCAACGAAUUCAAUUCGUUAGAUGAGUGGGAGAAGGCUUUAAGCGGGCAGAGUUACUUGGAUGGUGCUACAUUUGGAAUUGAUGAUUGUUCAUUAUGGCCGGUGUUGAGGGAAAUCGUGCAGGAGAAUGGGUCUUUCUCGAACAAGACCCAUCCUAACCUGCUGCUCUACUACACUAGACUGGAGAAGCGUGGGGUUAUCCGAAAGACACUAGAGGAAAUGAAAUGA